ACCUCAGGGCAGUUGUCAUUUCCGGAGUAAGAUGGCUGCAGCGCGGGUGCUGAGGACCUGGAGCCGGACUGCCGGGCAGCUGAUUUGUUCCCGCUACUUUCAAACAUGUGGUAACAUUCAUGUUUUGAAGCCAAAAUAUGUGUGUUUCUUUGGUUAUCCUUCAUUCAAGUACAGUCAUCCACAUCAGUUGCUGAAAACAGCUGCUGCCCUACAGGGACAGAUUGUUCAAUUCAAACUCUCAGACAUUGGCGAAGGAAUUAGAGAAGUAACUGUUAAAGAAUGGUACGUAAAAGAAGGAGAUACAGUGUCUCAGUUUGAUAGCAUCUGUGAAGUUCAAAGUGAUAAAGCUUCUGUUACUAUCACUAGUCGUUAUGAUGGAGUCAUUAAAAAACUGUAUUAUAAUCUAGACGAUACUGCCUAUGUGGGAAAGCCAUUAGUAGACAUAGAAACAGAAGCUUUAAAAGAUUCAGAAGAAGAUGUUGUUGAAACUCCUGCUGUGUCCCAUGAUGAACACACACACCAAGAGAUAAAGGGCCAGAAAACACUGGCAACUCCUGCAGUUCGUCGCCUUGCAAUGGAAAACAAUGUUAAGCUGAGUGAAGUUGUUGGCUCAGGAAAAGAUGGCAGAAUACUUAAAGAAGAUAUUCUCAACUAUUUGGAAAAGCAAACAGGAGCUAUACUACCUCCUUCCCCAAAAGCUGAAAUUAUGUCACCUCCACCAAAACCAAAAGACAGAACUAUUCCUAUACCGAUAUCAAAACCUCCAGUAUUCACAGGCAAAGACAGAACAGAACCUGUAAAAGGCUUUCACAAAGCAAUGGUUAAGACCAUGUCUGCAGCCCUGAAGAUACCUCAUUUUGGGUAUUGUGAUGAGGUUGACCUUUCUGAACUGGUUAAGCUACGAGAAGAAUUAAAACCUAUUGCUUUUGCUCGUGGAAUUAAACUCUCCUUUAUGCCCUUCUUCUUAAAGGCUGCUUCCUUGGGAUUACUGCAGUUUCCUAUCCUUAAUGCUUCUGUGGAUGAAAACUGCCAGAACAUAACAUAUAAGGCUUCUCAUAACAUUGGGAUAGCAAUGGAUACAGAGCAGGGCUUGAUUGUACCUAAUGUGAAAAAUAUUCAGAUCCGCUCCAUAUUUGAGAUUGCCACUGAAUUGAACCGCCUUCAGAAAUUAGGCUCUGCAGGUCAGCUCAGCACCACCGACCUUACAGGAGGAACCUUUACUCUUUCCAACAUUGGAUCAAUUGGUGGUACCUAUGCCAAACCAGUGAUAUUGCCACCUGAAGUGGCAAUUGGGGCCCUGGGAGCAAUUCAGGCCCUUCCCCGAUUUAAUGAGAAAGGGGAAGUAUAUAAAGCCCAGAUAAUGAAUGUGAGCUGGUCAGCUGAUCACAGAAUUAUUGAUGGCGCUACAGUGGCACGCUUCUCCAAUUUAUGGAAGUCCUACUUAGGAAACCCAGCUUUUAUGCUACUAGAUCUGAAAUGAAGAUUGAUAAGACAUCCUUGAGCUUUCUGAGCUUUCAAAGAAAAUGUAGAGCCCAGCUGUGCCGCACAUGUUCCUCAGUGCAGUUUGUAUUGUAAAUGAUUUGUAAUGUACGAUUACGGUUCUGAGACACAAUAUGUAUCACAAUUCUGUUCAAGUUUUUACUGGAAAGGAAUAAUGGUAUAAUAGGUCUCCUGGGCUGUCACAUUUUAUAGGUUACAGUACGACUUCUUAAUAUGGGGUUGAAGUCUUUGCGUCAAUGGAUUGAAACUGGCAGGAACAACGAAAUGAAUAUUACCAAAAGACAGGAAGCCAUAUACAGUAUUUGCCCUGUUUUUUUGCUUUCUUUCUUUUUUUUUUUAAACUAACUCUUAGUGAAACUUUUCAAUUGUAUUUAGUUGGGAAAAGGAAUUUAUAUGCCAAGAUAUUUUCUAUUUCCCCACAAUAAUGCAAAUUCUUGUAUAAAAUAAGUGCAAUUAUGUUUACCUUUUAAGAUAUCUAGGAGUGUGUUGCUCUGUAGAGAUUAUCAUCUGUAAAUGUCUCAUUUGUAUAAAUUAAUAUCUUUUAAAAGGGAAAAUUAUAAGCUAAUCGUUAAAAAUGCUCAAUUAUAAUUUUAUAACCAGUAAGGCCAUUAAAAACAUUUGUUUAAAGUGGAAAUACUUUUAGAAUUUGGUAGUGUUUUAGUGUUUUAUCAGGAAAAACUUCACCUUUACAACCUUGCUUCAAUGGAAGGAAGGUACUUUAAAUGUAGCAGCCACUGACAUUGUCUUACAUUCAGAAGUCCAUUGCCUUUUAACAUUUUUUUUUUUUUUACUUUCUUAGUCUUCAUCUGAAAAACAAGAUAGAUUAAGAAGUUAGGGUCUAUUCCAUUCUCCAUAUCCUGAGAAGCAAUAUGAAUAAGGGAAGAGAGAAGACUAAUGGGUAAUUAUGGACAUUAAAAUAAUGUUUUGCACAGAAAUAAAGGUAUCCUCACGAUCAUUUUGUUAGAGGCCCAUUUAAAUCAGAAAUUCAGAUUGUUUCUAACAUUGUCUAAUUGAAUACUGUAUGUUCAAGUGAAGUUUUGUGACAGAAAAGGUUAUUUUAAUGUCUACUAGGUUUUUUCCAAAAUGGAAAAGAUGUAUAAGUCAGAAAAUAAUGGAUCUAAUGAAUGUUAUUCUUUUUAAAAUUCAGAUAAUAUGAAGAGUUGCAAAGAAAAUGAAAUCAACCAUAAUCCUACCACUAUUAACAUUUUGAUCAAGGUAUCUGUAUACAUAGCUUAUCUUUUUACGAAAAUGAGAUUGUGCUGUAUCUACAAUUUUACAAUUUGAUUUUUUUAAUUUAACAUUGAGUCAAUAAACAGUUCUACAUUAUGAUACUUU